AGUGUGCUGCAGGCGCUCCUCUCACCGAACCCGAAGGAAUAAAAUUUAUUAUCGCAGAUGGAAAUCUAUUACAUGUAGAGAAUCUGGAUGAAUGAAUAUCAAGUCUUGGCGGAAAGACGCAUGAAGCUUAGAAGUUCAGAAGCUGACUCUUUAUGAUUUGCGCUGCUGCUACGGAAUGAAGGAGCGGAGCUCUCUACUAGCAUCAUGUUAGCAUGUCAGAGAAACAGCUUUGAGGAGAAAAGGACCUGCUCUGAACACAGCAGAUCUGCAGGGUGAAACUGGUAUGCCAUCAUGAUCCCGAGUCUGAACACCAAACCCUGCACCGAUAGCAGCAGCAUCACAGAGCUUGUAGGAGCCCUGUGCAACUGCUGUCUGUCUGGAGUGUCCUGGAAGAGGCGAGCGCUGGGGGGCAUCUCUAGAGAAAAUUUCCACAAAACUCUGAAGAAACAUGCAUAUGGAGCGCUGUUAUCAAAACUAUUCCAAGACAGCAUCAAAGGCUCUUCUGCCCCUAAGCCAAACCUCACGGCUAACUCCACUCCCUCGAGAAAUAAAGUCUUGAUGAUAUGUUUUGACUUGCGAGUGGCAGGAUGCAGGGAGGAGGCAGAGCGUUUGGAGGAACUGCUCGGGAUACUGCUAGAGGGCUCUGCUUCAGGGUUAAAGGAAGUAGACGCUGUGCUUGAGCUGUUUGUACAACUUGCAGGUUCGACGCCUCCACCUGCAACAACUUUUAACCAGGACUACAUGAGGAGGGAGAGACCUGUAGUACGAAAGCCUCAACCCUGGAGCUAUCAGAGCGAAGAGCUGCAGAGGCUGGAGGCCAGGGCUUGGGGGCUUAUUUGCGCCGAGGAGUGGGGGGCUUUGGAGACUCUUUGUGGGACCCAGAGCCUGAUGGAUGCCCCUCCUGGCACUGGGUUACUCACUCUCCGAAGUAAAACUGAAUCAGAAGAGAGAUUUGAGAAGGAGACCAGGCUGUCCCUGUUUGGGGCGCUACAGCAUGCUCGCACCUCAGACUUGGAUAUAAGACUGGACCUGCCACCUGUGCCUAGUAAUAUUGAUGUCAUUGGGCUGGCCAUCAAGGUGCCUCCUUCUUUAGACCAGUCUGAAGAUGAAGGCUUUCAAUCGGCCUCCAACCUGACCCCAGAGUCUCAGUCCGAGUCCACCCCAGGUCCAGAGCUCGAUCUGUGGGAAGCAGCUCUGAUGUUUGAGCCUGGACGCCGUCGGUGCUGGGAGUCUGUUGGCUGUCCUCCAGGUAAUCGCGAGGCCCUGUUUAUCACAGAGUCAGGCAGGGAGGCGUUUGACCAUCUGUACCGUGUGUGGGAGGGGGGCCUAAGGGUGCUGAGCGGGGACACGCCCUCUCCGCUGCUCCCUCUUCCUCAGGACACACAAACACAACUGGUGACAGACCUGCUCAACGUGCUCAUCGGAGUGGCUUCAACUACCUUCCCUCUUAAUCAGAGUGUGCAGUUUGACGUGCGGCCAGGUGUGUGUGUGUCUGGAGCGUCUCCGGAGAGUGUGUCCCGUCUGCUGCAAGAGCUGGCACAGUACGGAACUCACUAUCUCCGCCUCAGCCACUUCUCCCUGCAGAGCGCCGACAAGAAGGGCCUCGUCUUCCAGGCGUUUACAGGUGGUCUGAGAAAGUACCUGCACUACUACAGAGCCUGUGUACUCAGCACCCCUCCCACUCUUAGCCUCCUCACCAUAGGAUUCCUCUUCCGCAAAGUGGGACACCAACUCAGGUAUCUGUCAGAGCUGUGUUGUGUGGAUGGGCCUUUGGGUGCAGGCCAGGCCACCUUCCCCGUGGGCGUGAAGCUACUGUCCUACCUGUACAAUGAAGCCCAGAAUAACUGUAGUAAUGAAAACUACCCAGUGCUCCUCUCUCUGCUGAAGAGGAGCUGUGCUCCAUAUACACGGUUUGUAUCUGACUGGGUGUACAGCGGCGUGUUUCGAGACGUUUAUGGAGAAUUCAUGAUCCAGGUCAAUGAGGAGUACCUGGGUUUCAGAGAUAAAAACUACUGGGUCCAGGGCUAUACGCUGAUCUCCAAAGACGUGGAGGAUUGUGUCCCAAUAUUUCUGCGCCAUAUUGCCAAUGACGUUUAUGUGUGCGGAAAAACCAUCAACCUGCUCAAGAUCUGCUGCCCUCAGCACUACAUCUGCUGGUCGGAGCUGCCCGCCCCUCGCAUCGCUGUCACUUUCUCACUACAGGAGGUGGAGGAGAUUGAGAAGGAGUGUGCAGUGUACAGAGGGCGCAUGGAGUGCAUCGCCAAGCACAGCGCCAUCAGCAGGGAAGAGCUGGUGCUGAGAGCCGAACGAGCACGCCAAGAGCUCAUCAACCAGGUCCGUGAAUCGGCCGCCAAGACUCUGGAGAACAUACGUGGGCGCCAGGUGUCACAGCGUCUGGCAGAGGAGGCCAAAAAGAGGGAGCGCUUUGAGGAGCUACAGCUGCACUUGGAGCAGGAGCAGGAGUGGCGGAUUGCAGCUAACAACAAACAGGAAGAGGAUGAUUUUAGUUUUGCUCGAGAGCUGAGAGACCGAGAGAAGAGACUACAGGCCCUAGAGCAACAACUGGAGCAACAAGCCAGGAAGGAGCUGAUCACGCAGUACAGCCGUCUGUCAGAGGAAGCAGCACUAAGAGAGAGGAGGGCGCUGUGGCGGGUGCAGAGGAUGAGGCUCCAUGAAGCACGCAUGCAGUUUUUAACACAAGAUGAGCAACAAAUACAGGACUUAGUGAAGAAAUAUCCUCGAGGCCAAGGGAGACCUCCAAUAGAUCUGUUCCCACCUUUACAUUCAGCUCAACCGGCCAUACCCCAAUCAGCACAGAAAUUUCCAAAAGAGGUCCAUCCUGAAGAACAUGAAAAGCAGCAUGAAGAAACCCAAGAAUAUGCCCCAACUCCACAAACAGAAAUGCAACCCUAUCCAGACCCCACCACACCUUCCAUGGACCCUAACCUGAUUUUUGAAAGCAUUGAUAUAAAUUACUUUCUCCCUAAAGCCCCAAAUCCGGACAGUGCUGAGGUGGACUCAGCUUUACAGGACAUUGGCUCAAACUUACCUCAAACAUGCCCUACCUUCCCAUUGGUUGACUACGACUUCAGCUCCCCCUUUAGUCCACUUGAAGGUAUGACCAGCCAAGUCCAACCCAAAUUUAAAUCUGAUUCAGGAACUGAACCUGGACCUGACAAAAACCAUGAAUCCUUUUCGCAUAUUCCUCUUGGAGAGAAUGUAUCAUCAAUGCAGGAUAUUUGCCCUAAAGCUAGUCCGUUUGGGCAAGAUACAAAACCUAGUUUCCGGCUUGGUCAAUUCACACCUCAGGAUUCUCCAAAAAGUGAAAUUUCUGGAGAUAAACCACAUGAUUUGAUUGACAUAAAUUUCUCAAUGUCAGAACCAAAGCAAGAGGAUGGGUCUCUAGCAUCUGAAAUUACAUUCACUGGGUCAAAACUACCACCAACUUCUCCCAGUGCACAAGAAGAGACUCUUGAAAUGGACAAUUUGAAAGACGCAAGCUCAACAGAGGAAUCAACUGAUAAAGUCCUCAUAAAUUUACCCGAAAGUCAAAAUUUCUGUUCAGAUAGUAAAAUUGCGGAGUUUACUUCCAAUAUAGAUGCCAUAUUGCCUUCAAUUACAUACAGGCAUUCUUGUGAUUCACAAAUUGAAAUAGUUGAAAACGUAUCAGACAUAACAGCACCACUCCCAUCACCAUACAUUCUUGGUCAUGCCUCAGAUUCCAAUAUCAAAUUAGGAGAUUUAGUUUCAGACAUUGCACCAUCUUUACCUUCCCAAAAUGUCCUCGGGCAUUCGUCUGAUUCGCAUAUCAAAAUAGGGGAAAAUGUUUCGGAUUUUGUGGCGCCUCUUCCUACAGCUAACAUCCACGGUCACUCCUCCUAUGCUAAUAUCAAAAUUGGCGAGUUUGUGUCUGAUGUAACACAAGCUAGACCAAGAUGGAGCAAGCAUGGGCACGCUUCGGAUAGCAUGCUCCAACCAGGCUGCACGAUUUUGGGAAGUGAACCAACUUUAUCCCCUCUACCUGGAAGUACAUUUGGACAUUCUUCUGAUUCAACUUUAGGAGCUGGGUGCGUAGUAGCAGGUAUUAAACCCAAAAAAUCCCCCUUACUUGGUAGCGCUCAUGGCCACUCAUCGGACUCCAGUUUAGGAGUCGGAUGUGUAGUUUCUCAACCAGAAACAAUGCUAUCUCCGCUACCAGGAAGUACUUUUGGACACUCUUCUGAUUCAGCAUUAGGAAUAGGGUGCAUAGUAGCUGGAGUAGAGCCCAGAAAACCUCCCUUACCUGGCAGCACGUAUGGCCAUUCGUCAGACUCCAGUUUAGGCGUUGGUUGUGUUGUGUCCACAUCCGGUCCAGUUCAAAGUCCACUUUCGAGAAGUGCCUUUGGACAUUCAUCAGACUCUUCUCUUGGAGUCGGCUGCGUUGUGAAGAGCAAAGAGAGAGGAGGUGACCAGGCAUCCAGGGACAAAGAAACUGAAGCAUAUAAUUUCUCAGUACAUAAUGGUCCCAUCUGCUCCUCAGUGUCUCUGUCCGGCUGGGCAGGGGAGCAGGAGGCUAGAUGGGGGGCAUCGGGGUGGGCUCUGUCCCCUCAAGACAUGUCCGAGCAGCAGUAUCUCUCUGCCCUGUCCUCACAGUACCAAGCGGAGCACUAUGAAGACUGCUACAAUGCUAUGGCCUCGUCUCCAGAGUGUCAGCUGCUGAAGCCCAUCACGCACGGCCCCUGGGCUGUGCACACAGCACAGGCUCUGCACAUGGCCCCAGACUCUUCAUCAUUGCAGCUCAGUGAGAUGGUGUCUCUGCCUGUACUCAUCAAACACUCAGUCACAGCUCCACUCAUCACACACGUGUCCCUGGUGAACAAGGCAGUAGUGGACUUCUUUUUUGUGGAGUUGGGGGUGGAGAGGCACUUUGAGGCGCUGCGUCACUUUCUCCUGAUGGAGGAUGGAGAGUUCGCUCAGUCCCUCAGUGAUCUGCUCUUUGAAAAGGUGGGCAGUGGUCAGACGCCUGGUGAACUCCUCACGCCUCUGGUGCUGAACUCAAUCCUGCACAAAGCUCUUCAGUACAGUCUCCAUGGUGACACCCCUCUGGCCCGAAACUUCACCUUUGCCCUCCGCUACCUUCCCGAGACCUUCCACCCCCACGCCCCUGAUUCACUCAACUGUUUAGAGCUGCGCUACAGGGUGGACUGGCCUCUGAACAUCAUUAUCACAGACAGCUGUAUGAACAAAUACAACCGCCUGUUCUCCUUCCUGCUGCAGCUCAAACACAUGGUAUGGAGCCUGCGUGAUGUCUGGUUCCACCUCAGACGCACAGCACUGGUGAAGGGUGCAGGCCGCUCUGUGCAGUUCCGGCAACUGCAGUUGUACAGACAUGAGAUGCAGCACUUUGUGAAAGUGAUCCAGGGGUACAUUGCCAACCAGAUCCUGCAGGUGUCCUGGAGCGAGUUCAUCACCAAACUCACCUCUGCCAAUGACUUGGACGCCAUCCACCGCACACAUGCAGACUACCUCAAUAGGGCCAUCUUCAGGGGUUUGCUGACAGAUAAAGCUGCUCCGGUCAUGAAUAUCAUCCACAGUAUUUUCAGUCUAAUAUUGAAGUUCAGAGCCCAGCUGAUUGCUCUGCCCUGGGAAAACCAGCAGGGCGAGGCGGUGCACCCCAGUUUCAUUGCUAUGCAACAGUCCUACAACACCUUCAAGUACUACUCGCACUUCCUCUUCAAAGUGGUGACCAAGCUGGUCAACAGAGGCUACCAACCACAUCUGGAAGACUUCCUCCUUCGAAUCAACUUCAACAGCUACUACAAAGACUCCUGAGAUGUCUCCCAUUGUUCCAAAUGUUUGAGGUGGUUCACAGCAUGAGUGAUAAACAGGUUUGAUGUAGAGGUGUACAGUUUAAAUAUUUCAGUAUUUUGAAGACUGAAGUUCCUAAAGAUAAAUGGAUACAACUUAAAUAAAAAAAAUAAAAAAAGAUUAUAGUACAGUUGUUUUCAUAUUAACAUGAACAUUUUCAAACUUGCUUUAAAGCUAAUAAAUAAUAUGUGAAUUGUUUAAAAAUGCUUUGUGGAUCUGGUGUAAAAUCUUAAAAAACACAUUAGCUUGGUCCCAGUGCCAGUGUCAAAAACCAUGCACUGUUUACUAUCUGUGUUUCUCCAGGUAUUUGAACAAAAUAUGACUUUCCCCCAGCACAGAUAUUGUAUAAGCAGCUCUUGAGGUCAAAAUAAAUCUAGUUAUGUAGCGUUUAUUGUUCAGUAAUCAGGAAGUGUGUGUUAGCUUUGUUUAAAAUAGAUAGUUCUGUUUUUUCACAUUUUCAGAGAGAAUCUGCAGCUACAGCAGCUUUAAGUAUCUGAAUUUAAAAAAUGGCACCCAGCCCUAUGUUAAGGAAUAAAAAUGCACUUAAAACCUCAUUGCUUUUGCUAGAUGAUAAAAAUGUCAGAGCACACAUGGGAAAAAUGAAAAC